AUGGCGACGUCAAAGACCUCGAACACAUAUAACAGACAAAAUUGGGAAGAUGCGGAAUUCCCAAUAUUAUGUCAGACUUGUCUUGGAGAUAACCCAUAUAUUCGAAUGACUAAAGAAAAGUAUGGGAAAGAAUGUAAAAUAUGCUCCCGUCCAUUUACUGUGUUCAGAUGGAAUCCAGGUGCUAAAAUGAGGUUUAAGAAAACUGAAGUUUGUCAAACAUGCAGCAGGAUGAAAAAUGUUUGCCAAACUUGCUUGUUAGAUUUGGAAUAUGGUUUACCGAUUCAAGUGAGAGAUGCAGCUUUAAAAAUCAAGGAUGAUAUUCCUAGGUCUGAAAUAAACAAGGAAUAUUAUGUACAAAAUAUAGAUAGAGAGCUAGGGAAAAUUGAUGCGACCUCUCCAACUGGAGCUGUUGGUAAAUCACAAGCUGCGAGUGAUUUACUACUUAAAUUAGCUCGAACUAGCCCUUAUUAUAAAAGGAACAGACCACAUAUUUGUUCAUUUUGGGUAAAAGGAGAAUGUAAAAGAGGAGAAGAAUGUCCAUACAGGCAUGAAAAACCAACAGAUCCAGAUGAUCCAUUGGCUGAUCAAAACAUAAAAGACAGAUAUUACGGAGUUAAUGAUCCAGUAGCUGAAAAGUUAAUGCGUCGAGCGGAAACAAUGCCCAAGUUAGAACUUCCUGAAGACAAAUCUGUGACUACUCUUUACGUUGGUAACGUGAGCGACCGUAUAACGGAAAAAGAAUUACAAGAUCACUUCUAUCAAUAUGGAGAAAUUCGCUCUAUUACGGUUUUAGCCAAACAACAAUGUGCUUUUAUACAGUUCACAACCAGAGCAGCAGCUGAAUCUGCAGCAGAAAGAACCUUUAACAAAUUAAUAUUAUGCGGUAGACGAAUGACAAUUAGAUGGGGAAGAUCGCAAGGACGGCAAAAAACUUCUUUAGAAGAAGGAGAAAUAGAUUUAGAGCCUGUACCCGGAUUACCGGGAGCUCUUCCACUUCCGCCAGACGAAGUUACUGGUAGUUUUUCUAGCCCUUCUCAAAAUAUUCCUUUUCCUCCUGGUAUGCCUCCCUCAUUUAUUUUACCCCCACCUAUGGCUAGGCCCCCUCCUGGUAUUAGACCUCCGGCUCCUCCUUUGUUUUUUUUCCCUUCUCAUUUAAGACCGCCUCUUGUUCCCCCUCCGGGAGUUCAACCUGCUCAUUUUCCUCAACGACCUCCUCCAACAUAUUCUUCAGCAACGGCAACGGUUCCUAUAAUGUCUCGAGCACCUGCAGAUCCUGGUGCUCCGGGAACUGUACCUGCUGCGACAAUUCAUUACCCAUCACAAGAUCCUGCUCGUUUGGGAACAACAAAGAAAGCUUGGUCUAAUGAAGAAUGA